AUGAGCGAUAAAACUAAACAAAAAAAAUAGGAAACUACCAGUACUCAAUCCAGUCAUAAUGAUGGUUGGUGCGUUGUAAGUUAAAAAAAGCAAAACGACAAAGAAAAUAGUGUGCUUUCAAUGAGCACUAAAGAAGUUACAGGAAGUAGUCUAACUAAUAAAAAUGUAGCUGCAUUAAAUAAAAUUUCAAAGAGUUCAAAUAUAAACUAGGACUCAAUCUCCACUCAAGACGACAAAGGCAGUGAGAAAUAGGGAGACGGCUCGACUACUGAAAAGAAGAAAAUGAGCGAAAAUAGCAUUAACACAAAUUAAAGUAAUUAAAUGAACGACACAAGUUCUGUACAUAGUAAAUCUGAAGACACUAAUAAUUAAAUGUAGAUAACUCCUACCGAUAAAUUUAACUAAUUCCGUGAACGUUUGAAUGAAUAAACGAAAAGAUAUUAUUAUUUUGAUAAGUAGUUUUUUAAAAUUUAUAAUUGUUAAUAGAUUAAUGGACUCGAUAGUAAUUAAAUUAUAAAACUUAAAGACGAAAGCAGUUAAAUUUAUUAAGAUCUUCGCAAUAUUAUUUUAUCUUAUAUUAAUUAUAAUGGAGGUAUUAUAUUUUUUGGAUUUAAUCACAUUAAGAGGGAUAACUCCCCUCACAUGGAAGUAAACGGAUUCGAUAUUACUAAAAACGAUAAAAAGAAGUAUGACUUAUUGAAAAAUACUCUUGAAACUAUCUUCUAGCGCAUCACUCCCAAAUAAUUUAAAUAUGAUUUAAGCAUUAUGAAAGUUAGAAAAGAUAAGAAUUAAGAUAAAUUCACUUAGGAGAAAUAUGUUGCUCGUAUUAUUGUUUAGCAAGGUUCUGAAUUGCGCACACUCUAUGUUUACAAAGAUCCUACCUCUUCUGAGCAAAUUACUGCUAAAUAUUCAAAAAAAGAUUUUAAAUUUAUUACUAUUAAAGGCACUGGCUUAACACAAGCUCAAGAAUAAAAGAAACAGCUAACUAAAGUUAAAGAUCUCAUCUUUACCCAUAUAGAUGAUUUUCUUGAUCCCCAAAGCAGCUAUGCAAAUCUAAAGAAGACAAAGAUGUAUUCAGAUCCUAAAAAGAGUUAAGACCAGGAUGGAGACUAAUCUUUUUGUGAUUCUAAGAGCAGGUCAGACGAGGAGAACUAUCAGGAUAAUGACGAUGAUCCCUAAGAAGAAGACUCUAAGUCUAACUAUUCUGAUCAUUCUUAUAAUUCUGAAGUUAAUUCGCAAACAAAUGGCUGGACCGUUCCAUCUAAAGAGUAGCCUACACAGGCAAAAGAAAGAUAGAAUUAAUUUUAAGAAACUAAUAAAUCUAAUAAAGAAAAUUCAGAAAUAACUACCUUUAAUUAUGAUGUAGGCUAGUGGAACACAGAGCUGAUUCCUGAUAAAAAUUUCUAAUAAAAAGGAAAAACCAAAUCAGACAGCAACAAUUUCUUGUCAAACUAGCAGGAUGAAGAAGCUUUCCCUAAUAUCAAUUCAUUUGGAAAGAACUCAUCAUCCUAAAUGGAUUAAGCUGAUUCUUAAUCUAAUUCCUCCAUUACUUAACAUGAGUAGUCUAUACCAUAAGUUAAUGGAAGCAAAAAUCAAUAAGACUAGCAAAAUAUUUUUUUUACAGGAAACUUUUAGUAAAAUAAUAAUACCACUGUUGCUGCCUCAAACUGCUAGAGGUCUAUCGAAUAAAAUCCAGUCAUCUUAGCAGCAAAUACAUUAAGCAAUACUCCUAAUUCUCAAACAGUAGACACAGCAUAUUUUUAAAAACAAAUUUACUAGCAAUAAUAGUAACAGUAGCAAUAAUAGCAGCAACAACAACAAUAACUUUAGCCAUAGCUCCAACAGUAAAAAAUUUAUAAAAAUAAUAUUAUUAAUAAUUAAUAGCAGUAAAUUAUAAGUACAUAGUUUCAAUAGUAAAAUUUGAAUUUAACAAACAUCCCUAAAAACCCAGAAUUUAGCUAAUAACAAUAGCAAUAAAAUAAUAUUCAGUAACAGCCUGUUAUGAUGCCAGGCAAUUAGCCUUACGUUAUGUCUCCUUUUUAUGGAAGUUAUCCAACAAGUUAGUCAAGUACUCCAGCUCCUUACUAACCUUCUCCCUAAGUGAUUAUUUGCAAUGCUAACAGUGAAAGUAUAUUAAGCAAUUCACUUAAAAGUUUAACUAAUUAAUAGUUGCAAGAGUUAAUUAGUCAUUUAGAUAUGUAAACUAAAAAUUAUUAAGAUUAUUUGAGCUUGGCUAAGUAAGAGGAUAACAAAAGAAAGUAUGAAGCAUAUGUUAGUAUUAUGUACUAAAACACCCAUUAGUAAUAAUAGUGCAUGAAUCCAAAUCCUCUUAACAUGCAUACAUUUAGCUCAACAUAAAACGGGUCAGCUUAUAGUAAUCCCCAUUCUAAUUCUAGCUUAGCUAAUUGA